CAGAAGUAGAAUUGUUCGUAAUUUGUCGCUGACUCGUGAUCGUACCUCAGAGGUGAAGUGUCCUAGGUAAAAGGAGGAAGUUCCAGCAACAGCAAAGUUCUAACUCAACAUUGUGAAGUGUGUUUGCUCUAGGAAAAACAGUCACAGGAAAACAAAACGAGCGAAGAAAUAAUAAAAAAAUAACUGUUCCUUCACCGAGUCCUGAGAGGAGUCAAGCAUUAGACGUGACAAUUCCACCGAAAGCAAUUUCGCCCCGAAAGCAGUGUGUUUCCGUUUGAUAUUUUUCUUAAAAAUAUUAAAGAAAAUAAAGCGUGGACCGGAAAUCCCACUCUAGGUGUGUGAAAGGCGCCAAAUACUUUGCAAAAAAAACAACAUAAAGUUCGUAACUGAUCAACUGUUCAAUAAGCCCGAAAACGACGAGCUCCAUCGUUGCAGCGGUUAAAAAGUGCAUUUUUUUGGGGAAAUCUCAAGAAUCAAAACACAGAACCACCACCAGCACCGCCACAGUCACCUUCCGCUGCUACAGUAAUGGCCGUUGCCGCUGCUCAGAAGAACCGCGAAAUGUUCGCCAUCAAGAAGUCGUACAGCAUUGAGAAUGGCUACCCAUCCCGCCGCCGUUCUCUGGUGGACGACGCCCGUUUCGAAACAAUUGUAGUCAAGCAGACCAAACAGACCGUUCUUGACGAGGCCCGAGUAAAGGCCAACGAUUCUAGUUUGGAAAGCUCCGUGCCACAGGCCCCAGAACAGAAUCCACAAGUUGACGAACUUCCGUGCAAACAGGAAGAAAUUUUGCCCAGUGGAGAAAAAGAUGAAGAGAAAGACGCCGGCCUGACGGAAGAAGAAGUGGUACUACAAAAUGCCGCAUCGGAGUCACCCGAAGCCGAAAAAGAAGUCGUGCGUGCUGCCGUUGUAGUCCGUCUACGCGACGGCAUGGGCUCACUGGGACGUAUCCUGAAGGCGGUCGAAACGUUCCACGGUACCGUCGCCCACCUGGAGUCGCGCCAGUCGCGCAGCGAGGGCGUCAUGUUCGAUGUGCUCAUCAAGGUUGAUAUGGCCCGCGUCAAUCUGCUGCAGCUGAUCCGUUCGCUGCGGCAGACGUCGUCGUUCGGCAGCGUUUCGCUGCUGGCCGAGAACAACGUCAACGUGAAGGCUCCCUGGUUCCCGAAGCAUGCUUCCGAGCUGGACAACUGCAACCAUCUGAUGACCAAGUACGAACCGGAUCUGGACAUGAACCAUCCUGGUUUCGCGGAUCAGGUGUACCGCGCCCGCCGAAAGGAAAUCGCCGAGAUUGCAUUCAGCUACAAGUACGGUGACCCAAUCCCGUACAUCGAAUACACCGAGACCGAGAACAAGACCUGGUCGGCGGUGUUCGUUCGCGUCAAGGAGCUGAUGCAGAAGCACGCCUGCAGCGAGUAUAUUGCCGUGUUCAAGAAACUGGAGGACGAGAAGAUCUUCGUCCAAGAGCGCAUCCCACAGCUGCAGGAGAUGAGCGAUUUCCUGCGCCGGAACACCGGAUUCACGCUUCGCCCCGCGGCCGGUCUGCUGACCGCUCGCGAUUUCCUCGCGUCGCUAUCGUUCCGUAUCUUUCAAAGCACACAGUACGUGCGCCACAUCAACUCGCCAUACCACACCCCGGAACCCGAUUGCAUCCACGAGCUGCUGGGCCACAUGCCGCUGUUGGCCGAUCCGAGCUUUGCACAAUUCUCGCAAGAAAUCGGAUUAGCUUCGCUGGGAGCAUCGGAUGAAGAAAUCGAAAAGCUUUCUACGGUGUACUGGUUUACGGUCGAGUUCGGUUUGUGCAAGGAGAAGGACGAGGUCAAGGCGUACGGUGCCGGGUUGCUGUCCGCCUACGGCGAGCUGCUGCACGCCAUCAGCGACAAACCGGAACACCGCGCAUUCGAUCCGGCCAGCACUGCCGUCCAGCCCUAUCAGGACCAGGAGUACCAACCGAUCUAUUACGUCGCCGAGAGCUUCGAGGAUGCUAAGGAAAAGUUCAGACGCUGGGUAUCGACGAUGUCCCGCCCAUUCGAGGUACGCUUCAAUCCGCACACCGAGCGGGUGGAAGUGCUCGACUCCGUCGAGAAGCUCGACACUCUCAUUUCCCAGCUGAACACCGAAAUCCUGCACUUGACGAAUGCGAUCGACAAGCUGCGACAACCGUUCUGUUAAGAGCCAUCGAAGGUACCUUCCAAGCGGUUCCAAUGUACGAACGACAAUAUUCGCAACUUUAUAUUGCACGUUAAGCACCCACUUUUCAUCACCAUGGGAAAACUCUUCCAACACUCGGGGUCUCAAUUGCAACAGGUCUCAUUUAGUUUUCAACAUUCCACGCCUUCGCCUAGGACGCUAGGCCGAGUGCGCCGCAAGUCGAACCAUUAGGCAGCUAACGUUCAUAUUUUCCGGAGAAUAUGAACGCUCCCAACAACAGCAGGAUCCUGAAACCUCUCGAAACACUUCCAGGCCAAACUUUUGGACUUCGAACAAAAUUUCGCGUUCUGAGUGUUAAACUUACAUACAGCGAAAAUCUUUAAUUCCUCCCCACCCUUUCGGUAACUAUCUCUUCAUUGCUCUUACUCAUCAUCGGAAGUCGAAGUUCAGAAUCCUUAGAAUCGCCCCUGCUGCGUAUGUCCCACCACUAAACCCUCGUUGCAACAAGCCCUUAUUGUACAUCACUUCACUGUAGAGUAGGAAUAUUGUUUUUCAGGAAGCCUAUCUUUUAUUUAAAGAGCGUAACUUAAGUAUUAUUUACUAUUUAAAUUAGGGUAUACUUAAAUUAUUCCGUAUAUUUUGAGCUAGAACAUGUUGCAGCUUUUUCUCUCAGAUCAGAUCAGAUUAUUGUAGAUGCUAGGGCAGGCCCCGCCGAGUUUCUCGAUUAGUAGGGAAAUCUCCCCUUCUACGUCCGCGAAAGAGUGACUGCUUUUGUGGUGACAAAACACCAUCGUGUAAUAGCUCCCUACAAAAGAGCGAUUCCGGUCGGGGCCAUUUGUUUCUUCAAAACAGCCAAAUUCCUCGAUUGUCAUUUACUUUACAGUUUUAUUGCAUUAUUUUUUUAUAUGAAACAAGCAUAUACAUAAAUAUUUGUAAAGAGUCACUUACGCAAGCAGAAAAAAAGGCAAGACGAAAUUGUAAUGUACAUUUGGACAAGAGAUGUUAAAGAAUUAAAGAACACUUGGAACAUAAAAUUACACAUUACUAUUCGCACUACUAAAAACUACGAAAAAAUCCAGUAGGUGUCUAUACUACUUACAACAUAAAAAAAGCAACAUUCUACUUUAAUCUAGAAAACGUAUGUGUCUGCGAUAUUGUAUAAGAUUUUAAGAUGAGCGUUAUUUUAUCCUGACGGUUGAUUCUAGUUAAGCCAAGCCAGCAUGCAAGCAAGCAAACAAAGCGAAUGAAUAUUUUACGAUUACGAUUCAGAAACUAUACGUAUACGCGCGAAUGAGUCAAAUAAUCAGUAGUAACUCUAAAAUAUCCUAUCCGCAAAUCGUAGCAAAAAAGGACACGAAAUCAAAAGCAAAAAAAAAGUUAACAACACUGCAAAUCCCUUUUCGGUUGAUCUCGGCCCUCGGUCUCAUGCCCCGACGAACUGCUCAAAUACUCUUCCGUUUCGAAUAAGUUUGGAUUUUAUUUUUGCGUUUUAAUUGUGUACACAGCUGCUGUUCACUCUCGCCGAAAUGGAAAAAGAAAACCAGACCGGCGAGAGAAGUGUUGUUGAUAUAAACAUAGAGUCAAACAUUCCCAAACACACCGGGAAAUUGUAGACGAGAAAAAAAUAUUUACGCUGAUUGUUGAACCAUUGUACGAGCUAUAUUUUGAGCAAUACAGAUAAGAA